UCUACAGCUCGACAUUUAACGAAAUGCGCUUGCGAUGGGUUUAAAAACCUAAACGCAGGACAAAACUUGUGUUCUCAGACAGGCGAGCAUGAGAUCACUGCAGCUUCGCUCCACUGGAUUUUUCCAGUAGGGUACAAUCUCUGAACACACACCCAUUCGGGAGAUGCUCGUUUUCCAGCCUGACAGCGUGGCUCUCUGAGGCUCUGACAAUGGCGAAGAAAUCUGCCAACGGAGACCUCUCUCGCUCUCCGUCGCAGGAGAAGAAAAAGCCGAAGGUGGGUUUUGUGGGAGUGGAUGCCAGCGGCGCGGAGACGAGCCGGGACGGCGCGCUGCUUAUCGGGAGCGGAGAGAGCGCGCGCCGGAGCUCCAGCGGCAGGAUGGGUCUGUACAGAGCGCGAGCGAGCUUGGGCGGCGCGCGCGGGACUCACCGACGCAGCGCGGGCUACCGGAGACUGCAAAAUUUCCUCUACAACGCACUGGAAAGACCGCGAGGCUGGGCGUUUGUCUACCACGCUUACGUCUUCCUGCUGGUGUUCUCCUGCCUUGUCCUAUCCGUGUUUGCUACUAUAAAAGAGUUCAAAAACAGUUCAGAGAAUGCCUUGUACAUUCUGGAAAUUGUGACCAUCGUGGUGUUUGGUGUGGAGUAUAUAGUGAGGCUCUGGGCUGCUGGCUGCUGCUGUCGUUACAGAGGAUGGAAAGGGAGGCUGAAAUUCGCUCGCAAGCCGUUCUGUGUUAUAGACAUCAUGGUGCUGUUUGCCUCUGUGUCUGUGCUGGCUGCUGGCUCUCAGGGCAAUGUGUUUGCCACCUCGGCCAUCCGCAGUCUCCGGUUCCUGCAGAUCCUCAGGAUGCUGCGUAUGGACCGCCGGGCAGGCACAUGGAAACUCCUGGGAUCUGUGGUCUAUGCACAUAGCAAGGAGCUCAUCACUGCAUGGUAUAUUGGCUUCCUCUGUCUCAUCCUGGCCUCUUUUCUGGUGUACUCAGUAGAGAAGGAUAAUAAUGCAGCUAUGUUCGAGACCUACGCUGAUGCUCUCUGGUGGGGCCUGAUCACUUUGACCACUAUUGGUUAUGGGGACAAGGUUCCGGCCACAUGGAAUGGACGCCUGAUUGCCGCAACCUUCAGCUUGAUUGGUGUGGCUUUCUUUGCUCUGCCAGCAGGAAUUCUGGGCUCAGGCUUUGCUCUGAAAGUCCAGGAGCAGCACAGACAGAAGCAUUUUGAGAAACGCAGGAACCCUGCUGCAAGCCUGAUUCAGGCGGCCUGGAGAUUCUAUGCUACAAACCUCUCUCGAACAGACCUGCUGUCAACUUGGGAUUUUUACGAGCAGACAGUAUCUGUUCCAAUGUACAGACUGAUCCCUCCUUUUAAUCAACUGGACCUCUUGCGCAGUCUGAAGGGCAAAUCUGGAUUCAGAAAGGACUCACAGCCUGAAGCUUCUCCCAGCCGUAAACCAAGCAUAAAAGAGAAAGCAUUCCUCAGCCCUUCUAAGAGUGCAGGUGGAAAGGAGACCAAAUCACCUGGAGCGGAUGAGGGAGCAGAAGAAAGUCCAAGCAAAGUGCCAAAGAGCUGGAGCUUCACUGAGCGAAACCGCUCCAGACAUUCCUUUAAGAGCAAAGAGGGCCGGACCUCAGAAGUGCUGAUUGAGAUGCAGGAUGAAGACCUCGGAAUGAAGAGAUCUCCAGCAAUUGAGGGGUUGAUCAAAGCAAGUCUUCCAGAGGACUUUGGUGAUGAUAGAAAUUAUGAAUUUCUCCAAGAUAUGUCUCCUGCACUGAAAGCCACCAUAAGGGGAAUCUGUAUCAUGCGUUUCCUGGUGUCUAAGAGACGGUUUAAAGAGAGCUUGAGGCCAUAUGAUGUAAUGGAUGUGAUUGAGCAGUAUUCAGCAGGCCAUCUGGACAUGCUUUCUCGCAUCAAGAACCUGCAGUCCAGGGUGGACCAGAUAGUGGGCAAGGGAGUAUCAUCAGGGGAAAAGGAGAAACCCAAGAGUGACAUGGCUCAGGAAAAUGACCCCAGCAUGAUGGGACGAUUUUUCCGGAUGGAGAAACAGGUGGUUGCGAUGGACCGCAAACUUGACUUCUUGGUGAAUGUGUACACCACACGCAUGGGUAUUCCACGCUCUGAAACUGAGGCGUUGCUGGGCUUCAAGAUGGCUGAUCCAGCACCACCUUACCAUAGCCCAGAAGAAAAGAGUGAGAAGGUGCAGGAUGAAAAGGAAGAGAAGAAUAACCCGGAGCCCAGCCCGACUGGGACACCUGCCAAUAGUAUGUGCCGCCCAUCCACAUCCUGGAAUCAGCCAAGCGAGCAGCCACUCAAUGUUCCUCUUUGGAAUAACAGCCGUGGGGCAUCACCAGGCACUGAUGACCCAUCAAUUUACCGUAUCCCACCUCCACCUCCACAUGACAGCGGGGAUGGCGGACGGCAAAGGCGACACAGACACACACGGCCUAAAACAGGUGUUGACAGCGACACAUCCCUCUCCAUUCCUUCAGUGGACCACGAGGAGUUAGACCGCUCAUUCAGUGGCUUCAGCAUCUCACAAGCCAAGGAGGAGGAUUUCCUUCCUCCAGUGAAUCUUGGACUGUUUGGAGGAGGAAGAGGAAUACCCUUCUGUACUCGUAUCAGACCCUACUUGGCUGAAGGGGAAUCAGACACAGACUCAGAACUUUACACACCUGGUGCUCCUUCACCUCUAUCAUUUACAGGUGAGGUGGCAUUCGGAGACAGGGGCUGGCCAGGUCUGAAGUAGAAGAAAAUGCCUAAAGGAGACUUCAAAUUGCAACAAGAGCCUUCGGAUCUUGAGUGGAUGAUAAUAAGAACAAUAACAUAAUCAAAGAACCCAAUGUGGAUAUUAAUGCAUGAGGAUUAAAAUCACACAGUUAGAAACUAAUGAACAUGAUCCACUCAAUGGACACUUGUUACUGUAUUUGGUAUAAUGAUAAUAUCACAUUGGCAAGAGAGUGACUUUAACAAAAAAGAAAUGUAACCUAAUUUGUGGCCUCAUAAAUCAAGACAUUUGUCUUGUUUGCAGACUUAAAAAAAAUGUUUUCAUGUAAGCAGGUAUUGGCAAGGGUUAUUCAUCUCAUGGGCCAUUUGUUUGUAAUAAUGUAGUUAUGUAUAGUUAUGAUACCAAUGCUUAUUACCAAGGCAAUA